AUGGUUUACACACUCUACGACGGGUCCAUUGUGGGUCUUCAAGGCAUCCUUGGCACCUUGUCCCACAUCCUUCACCAAGCUGAGAAACAACCCGACGCGGACAAAAUUCUCGAAGCCCGUUUACACGAAGAAAUGCUCCCAUUACCAGAACAAGUCCGCAUCGCAACUCAGUACUCGGAAAACCUAGUCGCCAGACUGAGCGGUCGGAAACCUGUAGAGUUCAACGAAAAACUCGUUACAUUUGCCGAUUUUUACAAACGAAUUGAGACGGUAUCGAAGUCACUCCAAGAGGCGGACAAGGAAGUCGUCAAUCAACAUGCAGAGGUCAUUGAGCUCACUGCUAUGGGCCCAGCAAAACCAGUGGGGAUGAGUGGUGCUAUGUAUGCUCACUGCAUUGUCUUGCCGAAUGUAUACUUUCAUGUUACUACUGCGUAUGGAAUUCUGAGAAAGGAGGGGGUACCCUUGGGGAAGCUCGAUUUUUACGUCGGAUUCUUUCCUAAAGAAAUAGGGAAGCAGUAGAGAAUUGGACUGGAUUCUGCAGAGAAUUGUGCAGGCGAAUGGUUGUGACCGAGAGCCUCAUCGCUACGAAGUAACAGCAAUCAGGAGGAUCAUCUGUGCCGAUGAGAGGUAGAAAUGAGGAUUUACUCCAUAUCUUUCUGUAUGUAACCACAUAUCAAAUUUAUAUAUCUUGGUGUUUUGGACAUUUGAGAUGUUCUUCAGAUGAAACAUUUAGAGAAAUUCUUCAUGAAAACAUUGUUAAUAACAGCCGAGGGUUCACUGCAGUACAGGGUUACAUUACGCCAUGAUAUUCUCCUGUAAUAAACAAGCUUGGCGCUUACAGCUUGAGCGAACAAUGAGGAUUUCCGUGUUACUUAUGUGCGGGGUAAUCCCUCCUCCUCUCAAUUGAUUUCAAAAGCAUUGUUUAUCAUGUCAAAAUAUUCCGUGUAUUAUUUGUUACUUUCUAUCUCCUGGGGACUCACGCUAAACGCUUACGAUCAAGUGCUUUUGGUGUUCCUGGCGUUGGUGGGAAGUUUGAUUACGUUGGCGAGUUAACUUCUCCUCGUGUAUCUGCUUCAUUUAUCUGAUAGCCUCGUUUAGUGGUCGGUGGUAGAACUGCUGGCUUGACGAUUGCGGCAAGGCUUGCUGAAACAGCCUCGGUGGCUGUAAUUGAAGCGGGGGGCUUUUACGACACAGAUAAUGGGAAUUUCAGCAUUGUGCCUUUCAAUAGUCUGGGCAUGGGCAUUAUUUCUGGUGCAGAAGAUUACCCACCUCAACCCCUAAUUGAUUGGGGACUCAUAUCAGUUCCCCAGCCUAGAUUUGGCAAUAAGAGAUUUCAUUAUGCCCAAGGAAAAACACUCGGAGGGUCAUCUGGUAUCAACAUCAUGGGAUAUCAUCGGGGUACAACAGGAACUUAUCAAAGAUGGGCUGAUAUUGUUGAAGAUCAAAGUUAUACUUUCAAUAACCUUCUACCUUAUUUCCAAAAGUCCUGCCAUUUCACGCCGCCAAAUUUUGAGAAGCGAAAUUCGGCCAAUGCAACACCAGAAUACGAUCCAUCCGCAUUUAGCACUACUGGUGGACCGCUGCAAAUUUCCUACGUGAACUAUGUCGACCCGAUGGUUACUUGGGGUGAUAAAAUGCUGCAAGAAAUCGGUCUCAAGACUAGUCCUACUGGCUUUAAUAGCGGUAUUCUUUCAGAUACCGGUUACGCCACAUCAACAAUCGACCCUGGGGAUGCCACUCGGUCUUUUUCAUACACCAGCUUUUUAGAAAAAGCCAUUGAGGAGACGGAAAUCAUUGUGUACGCUCACACUCAAGCCAUGAGAAUCACUUUUGACAGUAACAAGAAGGCAACUGGAGUGGUUGUCUCAACACAAGGACUGGAGUACACAAUCUCGGCUAAUAAGGAGGUGAUUGUUUCUGCUGGCGUAUUUCACACGCCUCAAUUACUCAUGGUUUCAGGUGAGCCUCCAUUCCCAGUCUUAUAAUCCCAUCAGAUCCAAAAUCACUUCCAAGCUGACCUCCUUUUAGGCAUUGGUCCACAAGCUUUCCUUGAAUCUCAAAAUAUCUCAGUCAUAUCAGCUUUGGAAGGUGUGGGGCAAAACCUUUGGGAUCCCGUUUUCUUUCUCACAACAAACCGAGUCAAUACACCAACCGACGCCACUCUUAUAAAUGACCCAGACGCACUUCGUGUUUUGAAAGAUUAUACACAUAACGCAUCUGGGCCUUACAGCGCAGCAGGUGGCCAUUUCGCAUUCGAGAAGAUUCCAGCCAAUUUACGAAGUAGCUUCACCAAACAAACACAAGACAUUCUCUCGGAAUUCCCAGAUGACUGGCCAGAAGUCGAAUACUCGGUUGCGGCAGGUGCUGGACAGCAUAACACCGUGACGGGUACAUUUGGAGCUACCAUUCUUGCCCCCCUUUCGCGUGGAAAUGUUUCAAUCCGAAGCUCUAGUAUGUCAGAUCAGCCCCUUAUAAACAUGAAUCGAUUGUCACAUCCAGCCGAUAUGGAAGUAUUAAUAGCUGCUUUGAAGCGCGGUCGUCAAUUGUGGAACACGCCCGCCGCCAAUGCCAUUAAAAUUGGAGAGGAAAUAAUCCCCGGUGCAGCUGUGCAAAGUGACGAGCAGAUUGCUGCCUACAUCAAAGAUAAUUUGCUUCAUAUUUGCCAUGCUAGUGCGACUUGUUCUAUGGGUUCGAAGAAUGAUCCAAUGGCAGUUCUCGAUUCGAAAGCAAAGGUCUAUGGUGUGAAUGGAUUAAGGGUUGUGGAUGCCUCGGCCUUUCCUUUUGCAAUUCCAGGACACCCCCAGGCUUCGGUUUAUAUGCUUGCUGAGAAGAUUGCUGAUGAAAUUAAGAAAGUUUGA